ACCAUAUUCCAACAGACACAAACGUCGUCGUAUGGUUGUGUCCGUGACCCCGUGAGAGAACCACUAACAAGAAGUCAGAGCAAACAGGAACUCCAUCAUCAUUCAUUCACUCAUUGGAUGAGAAAAUGAGUAACGCUUCAUGUGCUAUUGAGUCUUCUCUGCCCACAACCUUCUUGGGUCUUCUUCUUCUUCAUCACUCUUCUAAUUGUGUGAUCCACACUCCUUCUCAACUUCUCAGAGACUUUGCAACACGAGAAUUCAAUGCCUUUCUUUGGCUCUUUCUCGUUGUUAUCACCACCCUUUUGCUUAGAAGACUCUUCAGCCUCUUUAGUUUGUGGCACAGAGCUAAAACCAUUCCUGGACCUCCCUCUCCCUCUUUCUUUGGCCACUGCAAGCUCUUUUGCACCGAUAGUCUCACUGGUCACUUUUCUUUCUUUUUUUUACUGCCCCGUGAAUUGGUUGAAUUUGCAGUUAUUUCCAGAAUCACUUUUUUUUUUUUCUGUGAGUGUUAUACGGAACUUGUGAAGAGAAUUUUGGGUUUGGUCUAUUAAUCUUGGUCAAGGUUGUUGAAUCGAUAUUAAAUUUGAAUCGGGAAUCAUAUGAAGGGUAGGAUACUUGGAUUUGGAGGCUCAAUGAAAAAUGAUGUUCUGUCAAAAUCCCAUGAGAAGUAUGGACCAAUUAUUAAGCUCUGGUUAGGUCCCAUUCAGCUUCUGGUGUCAGUUAAGGAUCCAAUGCUGAUUCAGGAGAUGCUUAUAAAGGCUGAGGAUAAGUUACCUUUUACUGAAAAAGCAUUUCAUCUGGCCUUUGGGCAAUCAAGCCUCUUUUCCCCUUCCUUUGAGAAGGUGCAAACGAGAAGGGAAUUGUUGGCAACAGAAUUGAAUGAAAGAUUGGUGAAGAUUGCUGAUAUGAUACCUACAAAGGUUGCAGACUUUCUCACAGAUAAAAUAGAAAAUAUGAAAACCAAAGGAAGUAUUGAUUCUAGGUUGGUUUCUCAACACAUGGCUUUCACCAUAAUGGGAUCCGCAUUCUUUGGAGAUGGUUUCUUGGCCUGGCCAAAGGCUGCAAUGUAUGAGGAACUGCUUAUGAUGAUUGCUAAAGAUGCUUGCUUUUGGGCCUCCUAUAAUGUUACUCCUUUCUGGAUACGUGGAUUUUGGAGGUAUCAAUGUUUAUGCAAAAAUUUGAAAUGCUUAACUCAAGACAUCCUUCAACAUUGCAGAAAAGGCUGUAAAUUAUUUGGUCAUAUGGACCAAGAAGUACAUAACAACAGUUCCAACAAAGAAAUGAAGUCAGCACAUGGUGCACAAUGCUGUUCUGAUGAUGAAUUCCAAAAUUCCUAUUUCUUUCGUGACCUUAACAAUCAUCAAGGUGUUAAAGAGGAAUCUUGUGGGAACAUCAUGCGUGUGAUGUUUCAUGGAUGUCAAACUACAGCUGCUUUAAUUGCGAAUGUAUUAACUAGGCUUGUCAUGCAUCCAGAAAUACAGGAUAAGGUUUAUUCAGAGAUUAACAUGAUAAUGAGAAACCCAUCGAAAUAUGAGCAUGAAGAUGUUUAUAGGAUGCCUUUGUUAUUGGCUACAGUAUAUGAAUCUGCACGUCUUCUUCCCUCUGGUCCCAUGCUGCAUAGGUGUUCUUUGAAGCAUGAUUUGAGCUUUGCAACUGGUGUAACAAUACCUGCUGGGGCUGUAUUGGUUGUACCUGUUGAAUUGGUACAGAAGGAUGACUCCAGUUGGGGAAGUGAUGCAAGUGAUUUUAAUCCAUACCGAUUUCUCUCAACUGGUACAAAGGGAUUAGGAGCCAUCGAAGAACCUUCUGUCACAGGAUUUGACACAUUUGUACUAAAUGAUCCAAAUGAAAAUGCAGCAUUUCUUCCUUUUGGAUCUGGUACACGUGCUUGUGUUGGGCAGAAAUUUAUUAUCCAACUUGUUGCCUCAUCGUUGGCAUCUUUGCUAAAAAAAUAUGAGAUAAGGUUUGACUCAGGAUCUGAAAAUGAAUCAAAACCAACCUCAAAGAAUCAUCCUCUUCAGCAUCAUCCUAAUUCUCCAAUAUUAUUCAUGAGGCGGGGCCAUUGAAGGAAAAGAAGUGCAAGCAUAUACUAUGUAGAAAAAGUUGUUGUAAUUUAAGUCAGUGACACAGAAAAAUGUGUGGACCUUUUUAAUUUUUCUCACUAUACUCCUUUUUCCAGGUUGAAUGGGGAAUCUCUCCUUUGGCUCAUUAUGGUCAUUUGGGAGGAUGUAACCUGAGUUUCUUAGCUCAAGGUUUUUUACCUCCUUGUCAGCAAACAUUGCCCUAGUGUUGGCUUUUUAAGCACUUUGGCACAUUUUUUUGUUGGCUUCAGGCCAUGGAGCCUUGGGUUUUCGUUCCCCUUCACUGGAUGUGGACCUCGGUCUUUUCUAAUGUUAUCAACUUUUUUACUUCUGAAGGAAGUUUGUACUUUAUCUUGAUAAGAUUAGAAUAAAAUAUACUUCC